UGCAACAAAGAGCGUGAAUAGAUUCAGUGUUACAUUAUUUUCAGGUUGACUGAAACCUGAGCCCUGAUCUCUUUCUCUUUGACCCAUUGUAGGAUGGAUGCAUUUGCAAGAGAUAUUAAGCUUUAAAUGGAUGUGUAUAAGUGUAGAGAGAGAGAGAGAGAGAGCGAGGUAGAGAGAGUGAGUAGGUAGAGCAAGCAAAUGAGUGAGCACGGAAGAGAGAGAGGCAGCGCACGAAUGCAACAGAGUAGCGGAGGAGAGAGAGAGGGAGAGAGAGAGAGAGAGAGAGAGGCAAGCGCUAGGCAUUACGGUCGCAUGCGAUAUGCCUGGACUGCUGCAGAGCGGCUGCUGGUUCCUUCCUUUUUUGUUCUUUCAUCUGCUUUCGUUCACGUUGGAUUCUUCAUCUUCUCUUCUAUCUCAGCCCUGCUCAGAGGACAGGUGCAUGAAGGAACGUCCAUGCAAGGAAACAAGGCUUCUAUGAUUCUGAGAUCUCUGUGCAAAAACCUUCUCUGCCUCUUAUGAAAUCGAGCAGUUACCUAAAGCUCAAGGAGGGAGAGAAAGAAAGAGAAGGAGCAAUCUUAUAAUCCAACCAGAAAUGCGGCACAAAAACAACGAAGCACAAAUGCAACAGAAAGAAUAAACACACCAGAGGAGAAAUAGCCUCUUGCUCUUGCUAACUUCAGAAAGAAUCAUCCCAGACUAAUAAAAAUUUAAAAGAGCACAGCGCCGCAACAAAUCAGUAUUCUCUGUCCGAGCGUGCAAGCGAUGGCUAAGAGAGUUAACCCUUUACAUGGCUGAACUGUUUCAUGCAACAACCACAUCCUGCAGAUACAAUCCACAGCAGCGAGUCGUGAAUUUGUCAAUUUUCAUGGUUAAUUUCAGGAUCAUUUUUGAUAAAUGGACAGGAGUUUUACUUGAGAUAUUGACCAUGAAAACAUUCACCUCUUUCCAUUUACCUCACAGGAUUUCCUCCUAGCAUAAUAAAUGGACAGACAAGCUGACUUAUUUAAACUAACUAAUUCGGCCGCUGAGACCCUCAGCUCGGAUGUGGAAAUACCUUUACGUUCUUCUUAUGCAAAACUGCUCAGGGCCGCCAGGCAUUUUCCAUAUUGGUAUAUUUAAGUAUAUUUAAGGUUAAGCAACCAACAUAAAGAUGGCCGCCGGAGUGGCAACAUGGCUGCCCUUUGCCAGGGCGGCUGCAGUUGGCUGGCUUCCUCUAGCCACGAAAAUCAUGCCCAAACCACCUGUGGAAAAAAAGAGCCGCAACGACGAGAUUCUUUUCGUAAAUGUGAGCGGUCUUCGUUUUCAGACGUGGAAAAACACGCUGGACCGCUAUCCCGACACACUGCUCGGAAGCUCGGAAAAGGAAUUUUUCUUCAACGAGGACACUCAGGAAUAUUUCUUCGACAGGGACCCAGAGAUGUUUCGCCACAUUUUGAACUUCUACCGUACGGGCAAGUUGCAUUACCCUCGACAAGAGUGCAUUCAGGCCUUCGACGAGGAGCUGGCUUUUUACGGCAUUGUGCCGGACAUUAUCGGAGACUGCUGCAUGGAAGAGUACCGGGACCGAAAGAAGGAAAACCAGGAACGUCUGGCAGAGGACACGGAGGCCGAGAAUGCGACGGACGCCCCGCUCCCGCCAGACAGCACUCGCCGAGAGCGUUUGUGGCGCGCCUUUGAGAACCCUCACACGAGCACCAUGGCUCUGGUUUUCUACUACGUCACAGGUUUCUUCAUCGCAGUGUCGGUCAUAGCGAACGUGGUGGAGACGGUUCCCUGCAGGCCCAUCAAAGGCAGCAAGAAAGAGUUGCCGUGCGGCGAAAAGUACUCACUGGCGUUCUUCUGCAUGGACACGGCGUGCGUGCUCAUCUUCACCUUCGAGUACCUGAUGAGGCUUUUCGCCGCACCCAGCCGCUGCAAGUUCAUGCGCUCGGUCAUGAGCGUCAUCGAUGUCGUCGCCAUCAUGCCCUAUUAUAUCGGCCUGGUUAUGCCUGAAAACGAGGACGUGAGCGGAGCGUUCGUGACGCUGAGGGUCUUCCGCGUCUUCCGAAUCUUCAAAUUCUCACGUCACUCUCAGGGUUUGAGGAUCUUGGGUUACACUUUGAAGAGCUGUGCUUCCGAGCUGGGCUUCCUCCUGUUUUCUCUCACCAUGGCCAUCAUCAUAUUUGCAACCGUCAUGUUCUAUGCUGAGAAAGGCACCAAGGGAACCAACUUCACUAGCAUCCCAGCCUCCUUCUGGUACACCAUUGUAACCAUGACAACGCUUGGGUAA